ACAAAAUAGUAUCGCAAAUUUACUUUUCUUCGUAGCCGCUAGAAGCGCGGACUACUCAACUAGCUAAAGAAAUAUUGCGCGGAUCAAUUAACUAGUACAAAAAAGUUGUAGAGUAGAGAAUCUGACAAUUAACCCCCCCCCUCCCCCUCCCCCGGUCUUCCCUAUGAGAUUUUCUAUAGACUGGGAAAAAAUAAUCAACGACGACGAAGACCCUCCGGCGGAGCUGAUGGUUACCUCCGCCAUGGACGGAGAGGAGCAUAAAGAAGGACUUUCCAACUUAUCAAAUACCGAAUUGACCGAAAAAAUUAGGAGGCUUAAAAGGUCUCUGUCCGGCACCAUUGGUGCUAGGUUAAGCGAUGGAGGCAAAAAGCUUAGGGCAAAUAUCAAACUGCACGAGGGUGAAUUAGAACGACGGCAGCGGGUCGGUUCCCAAAAGGAAUUUGAUGGAUGCAUGAGGCAUGACUCUUGUUCCAUCGGUAUUCUGCAAGUUUCUUCAUACAAGCAGGAUUUGUUGUGGAUUUGUGUGCGUGUGUGUGUGCGUGUACAUGGGCAACUAUGUGGAAAUCAGAAUUGUCUUAUUUGUCAUUUUAAGUUGCUUUACUCAAGUUAUUACUUCAAAAAGGACAGCCUGAGAGUUGGAAGCGACGUGAUAGGUCCUGAUGACUUCGAGCCACAGGCUUCACCAUCUGUAUCCUCUCCGCAGUCCACGUUUGCGGCUUGUUUCUUGAACAAGUUGGAAGUAAAAGCAGAUUCAAAGACAGCCAAUGCUUUCCAAAAAGAAUUAUAUGCUCUGAAUCCCUGUGACCACAAAAGGACAUUAAACAGGCAGUUUUCACAAAGAAAACACAAGCGAGAGUUGUUGUCACAGGAAGCACCUUAUAAGUUUCCUGUAGACAAAGGUGAAAGUUUUUUAAAUGUUGAUCUAAAGGGAAGGGACUCUUCUACUACUCGUUAUUCUGAAGAAAAAUUUUCCAGCUGUUUCUUGAAGAAGACUAAAGCCUCUCAAGCCCAAUCUUCACAUACUAAAAGGCAUGCAAAUGGGGAGGCUGUUGUUCUUGUGGAUGAGGAGGAACCUGAUGCAAAUAAAGCGGCAGAGCGAAUGGACGAAGUUGUUGAAUGCAGAAAUGCAACCAAGGUCUACUAUCCUUCACGGGUUGAUCCUGAAUCAGUUGAAAUUUGUUGUUCGGACAUGGAAUCUCUUGCACCUGAAGCAUAUUUGUCAUCGACUAUAAUGAAUUUCUACAUCCGGUACCUCCAGAAGACAAAAGCUCAUGCAGAUGUAGUUGAGUAUCACUUUUUCAAUACAUAUUUCUACAAGAAGCUCAAAGAGGCUGUACUGAGCAAGGUAAAAACUAUGCAAAGUCAUGAUAGCUGUUGCGAAUGUUGUCUUAGCCGGUUUCACCAAAUUUCUUUGAAUGAAAAGGAAGCUUCAUUUUUCAAACUAAGAAGGUGGUGGAAAGGGGUGAAUAUAUUUGAGAAAGCCUAUAUAUUUCUUCCCAUACAUGAAGAUCUUCAUUGGAGCUUGGUUAUAAUUUGCAUACCAGAUAAAGAAGACAAACUGGGGCCAAGUUUACUUCACUUGGAUUCAUUAGGACUCCACUGCAGCAAGUCCCUUUUUGGUACCAUAAGAAAAUUUUUGGAACAAGAAUGGAAAUUCUUAAGACAAGGAGAAGUGUCAACUCUUCCUUUUUCAGAUAAAAUAUGGGAAAAUCUUCCACGAAGAAUAGAUGAAAACGUCAUUCCGGUCCCACAACAAAGAAAUGAGUAUGAUUGCGGUCUCUUUGUUCUUUUCUUUAUGGAGCGUUUCAUGGAAGAAGUUCAUGGAAGGCUUAAAAAGAAGGAUUUCGUGAUGUUUGGACGAAGGUGGUUCAAACCUGAAGAAGCAUCUCGUUUGAGGAUGAAAAUCCACAACAUACUCAAGGAAGAAUUCAAGAAUGCAAGUGAGGCUUGAUAUUAUAGGGAUCCCUACUCUGCACAAGUAAUUGCUCCUGUUUAAAGCAUUUCAUUAGCAGAUUUUUGGCAUGGACAAGGAACUGUUAAUUACCAAAGGUCAUGAAAUGCCUGCCUUGUAUAGCUGCAAAGGUUGAUACUGUCGUCAGUCACAUAAUUAGAGAUUCUGGAAUUGCUGUCUGUAUUCUCUGUACAUCAAGGUUUCUCAUCAAAAUCUGGGAAAGGAUAACUAUAGCUUUCCUGUGGGGGGAAGGUACAUUGUGUAGAAAUCAUAUUGAGCAUCCCCACCAUAAACAAGCAGAGAAUUUACAACUGAUAUUGACCUUCAGCUGGGAAGGAGAAAUACAUUAGACUUCCCUUGGUAUAGAUACAUUGUACAUAAAUCAUAAUCAAACAGUUAUGGCAGAUAUUUCUCAACUUUGCCGGAAUCAAAUGGUUCUGGUGUUGGUAUAGGCAACGAUUGGACAAAGCAAGGAAUAGCUGGUGGUUUACAAUUCCAGCUUGUAUCUGGUAGGUGAUAUGAAGAGAAAGGAACUCAAGAUGUUUUAAAGAGAAGUAAAUCCACUCGAGGAUUAAGUUAGAUUAUCAUGUUAUUUCACUUUUGGGAUAGAAUGUAACAUGCAAAUGAGGCAGGAACUGUAAUAGAUCUCAUAGUCCCUUUAAGAUAAGAAGAGGGCUAUACUUAUGGUUUUUUGCUCAUUUGUAAAGAAAUCCAGCGCUUUGUGCUGUUUAUUAUACAUUUAUUACCCUUUAAAAAAAAAGAAAAAGAAAUCAUAAUUGAACA